GACACCGCUUGUGUGUCACACACGCUCCUGGCCACUGGAGUUCACAAAUCUUUCUGGAUUUACUUAAAACAUACUGAACGAGUGUUUCUUGCGGAUAAGUCGGUGUAUGGGUGAGAUAUGAACAGGCCUCGAGCAGUACUCGGUUUAGCGGAGGAAGAUAACCGGACUCUGUCGCGGCGGGAAGUUGCUGACAGCCUUCUGAAGGCACGCUUUCUAGAAGCGCUCACGCGUAACGAUGCGGUGGAGGUUGCAAAAAUCCUUCGCACCACCAGCAUUGAAAUAGACACCGUGUUAGACGUGGAGGACCGCGAUAUGAUCCUUGCCUCUUAUAAGCAAGGUUACUGGCUGCCAAGUCAUAAGUUGGAGACAUCCUGGGCGAUGGGUCUGCACGUGUGUAUGAUGUACAAUGCACUGGAGAGCGCCAUAGUCCUUCUGCAGAAUGGGGCAGCGGUCAACAGGAAACCUAAUGGGAAAACCCCUCUACAUGUGGCCUGUGCGGUGUCUAACGCUGACUGCGUGGGACUUCUGCUGGAUUGGGGUGCACGGAUCAACAGUAUGUCCCUGAGUGGGCAUACUCCUUUACACUUCUGCAUCACACAAGAGUCUUUGGACUGUGCCAAACAACUUGUUCUCAAAGGAGCGAAUAUCAACAUGCCCAGUGAGGAGAACCAGGACACCCCUCUUCACACUGCGGCCCGCUACGGUAUCCCAGAGCUGGUGGCUUUCUAUAUUGCCCAUGGAGCAGAUAUCAAUGCAGUCAAUGGCUGCAUGGAAACUCCUCUGAUCACUGCUGCAUUCUGGGCCAUGGACAUUCGUGAGCGGACCUACAGCUCGGACCACCAGCUUGUCUGCCGGAUCCUGUUGGACCACAAUGCUAACGUACAUUCAUAUGAGGAAGACAAGAAGACAGCGCUGCACAAAGCUUGCUGGAACUGUGAUCAUGUGCUCAUCCAGAUGUUCCUGGAGGCCGGCGCCAAGACUAAUGCUAUGGAUAUGAAUGGAUGCGCAGCUAUACAGUAUCUGCUGAAGGUGACGCAGAUCAGGCCGUGGGCCAUUCCUGAACGCUGCUAUCAGCUGCUUCUGAACUACGGAGCAGCACGAGUGUAUCCACCACAGUUUCACAAGGUGUUGCAGACAUGUCAUGAAUACCCCAGGGCUGUGGAGGUUAUGGUCAAUUCUUAUGAACAUGUCAAGCACACAAAGAAAUGGAGAGCUGCUAUUCCUGAAGCUGUAUAUGAGAGGUACAAGGAUUUCUAUGAUUCUUUGUUUGCCGUCUGCACCAACAAUCCACGCUCUCUACAGCAUCUGGCCAGAUGUACAAUACGUGCAGUACUGUCGAAUCACUGUGAACUAGGUGUCCAGCAGCUCCUUCUUCCUUCAUCAUUGAAGAAAUACUUACUUCUGGAGCCUGUAGGAAUCAUAUACUGACACUCUUCUACAUUAUAAGACUUCAAAUUCAGAUUUUGUUACAGUGUAAACAAUGCUCCAAAACUUGCUUGCUUUUUGUUUUAUGUUUUUUAAAUAUUUUUUUCUUUUUUUUUUGAUCCUUUACCAGGGCACAAGAAUAAUGUUGAUGUAUUUAAUAAUAUUAUGUAUUAUUACAAAUAUAUACUAUUCAAUAUAUAAACAAUGAAUAAUUUUAUAUUAAUGCUAAUAUCAAUGCUAAUGCUAAUAUUCUAAAUAUUAAAUUAAAUUAAAAUUAAAUUAAAAAUGUAAAAUUUAAUUUACAAUUUUAAAAUUGAAUUGAUGCAUUUAGCAGACUAACAGUGCAUUCUGGCUAUCAAGGUUUACCUAUCAUAUGUUCCCCGGGAAUCGACCCCACAACCUUGCGCUUGAUAGCGCAAUGCUCUACCAAUUGGGCUACAGGAACACUAAAUAUUAAAAUAUUAAUAUUAAUAUUACACUAACACUAAAUAUUACUUCUAAAUAUCAAACAUUCAAAAGUUAUUGGUUCUUUCCACAUCCACACAUAUAAAAAGCCUAAUGUUUUAAUGAAAGACUGUGAAGAUCCUUAUUUAGUUUAAGCUAUGGGGGGGGGGGGUUAUUAUACUUUAACUGAAUAAGUACACAUUAACACUUGAUUCACUUUGAACAAAACGAAUGAAAACUUUGUUUUUAUUUAAAUGUAUGUUUGUCCUUCCAGCCUUUGAGAUACAGUAUCUCUCUUUGCAAGUCACUGGCCUUAGCACUUGGUAAACUAUUUUUUGAUGAGUGGAAGUGGUCUUUUCAUCCUGGUCAGCAUGUUUGCAAUCUCCUUUAAUGAUGAGUUCUGUGAUUACUGGGUCAUAUGUGAGUUUAGGAUAGUAUUUUCUCUCUGAACCCCACACAAUGUCACCUGGAAGCAAUGAUUUUUCCUCCAGAAGACAGUCUGUUUCCACUUAUUCUCUACAGAAGAGAUAAAACAGCCACCAACAAAUCAACCUCUGACCCUGUCAUUGUACAGACCAACUUUUAUUUGCAUUGUAUGAGAUUAAAUUAUAUAUUAUAUUUUAAGCACAUUAAAAGUGAUAAUCUUAUAAUCAAGUCCACAAUGUAAAGCAACAAGCUCUGUAUAUUCCUGUGGAAAUUAGGAACUAGCAGCAGUUGUGUGGUUUUAAAAACGAACCGAGUACAUUGUCUGAAUGACUGACAGGUCAAGCGGUGUGGUUAAGGUUCUUAAAAUAGCACUAUUUUCCAAGAAGGGUGGGGCCACCAGUCACAGCCACUAUAUCAAGUGCUGUUAGGAGAGACUGGAGAGGCGUGCUAAAGAAAAGAUGGAUCAUUUUGUUCUGGGCUUAUGGCUACAGGCCAGAAAUAAACACAGGCUCUGUGCCAAGAAUCUGUCCUUAAGUAAGACUGUAGCUCUCCUGCUAGAUAUCCCACAACAAAGACUACAACAGACUAUACUGUAAAACACCAACUCAAAAUAUUUAAACACUAAUAAGUUCAAAAUGGUUUACACUACCAUUUAAAAGCUUGGGAAAGAAAAAUAGACAUUUGAUGGGUAAAGUUUCAUUUCAAGUUAACAUUUUUGUGUUAUAGUCACAAGUUCCCAUUUAAAAGUUUGGGGUCAGUUUUUUUAAUUAUAUUUAAAAAUAAAAUUACACAUUAAAUUGCUCAAAAUGUAUUUAUAAUGUCACAAUGUUUAAUGUUUUUUGAACUUCUACCCAUCAACACCAUGGGGUUCAGGUCUGGUGAGCUUGCUGGCCAGUCAAGCACACCGACACCAUGGUCACUUAACUAACUUUUGGCAGUGUGGGCAGGUGGCAAAUCCUGCUGGAAAAUUAAAUCAGCAUCUUCACAAAGCUGGUCAGCAGAAGGAAGCAUGAAGUGCUCCAAAAUUUCUUGGUAAACGGGGACUUUGACUUUGGUUUUCAAGAAACAAAAUGGACCAACACCAGCAGAAGACAUUGCACCCCAAUUAUCACAGACUGUGGAAACUUAACACUGGACUUCAAGCAACUUGGGCUAUGAGCUUCUCCACCAUUACUCCAGACUCGAGCAUCAUGGUUUCCAAAUGAAGUAUAAAACUUGCUCUCAUUUGAAAAGAGGAUAUUGGACAACUGGGCAACAGUCCAGUUCUUCUUCUCCUUAGCCCAGGUAAGAUGCCUCUGACGUUGUCUGUGGUUCAGGAGUGGCUUAAGACGAAUAUGACAACUGUAGUCAAAUUCCUUGACUUGUCUGUGUGUGGUGGCUCUUGAUGCCUUGACCCAAGCCUCAGUCCAUUCCUUGUGAAGUUUACUCAAAUUCCUGAAUCGAUUUUGCUUGACAAUCCUCAUAAGGCUGCGGUUCUCUCGGUUGGUUGUGCAUCUUUUUCUUCCACACUUUUCUCUUCCAUUCAACUUUCUGUUAACAUGCUUGGAUACAGCACUCUGUGAACAGUCAGCUUCUUUGGCAAUGAAUGUUUGUGGCUUACCCUCCUUGUGAAGGGUGUCAAUGAUUGUCUUAUGGACAAGUGUAAGAUCAGCAGUCUUUCCCAUGAUUGUGUAGCCUAGUGAACCAAACUGAGAGACCAAGAGACCAUUUUGAAGGCUCAGGAAACUAAUUUGCUGAAAUAGUGAACUGGUUGGUUUUUGUUAAAUAUGAGCCAAAAUCAUCACAAUUAAAACAACCAAAGACUUAAACUACUUCAGUCUGUGUGUACUGAAUUUAAUACACAAGUUUCACAAUUUGAGUUAAAUGAACUUUUCCACAACAUUCUAAUUUAUUGAGAUGCACUUGUACUAGAAAGUUUUAAUUGUAAUAUCUCACUACUGUCCUUUUACACAAAUUAAUCAAAGUCCGUUUAAAGGGGUAUUUUAUAGUAUUUGGAUUAUUGCAGAUUUGGUGAACAUAAGAAACUUAAAAUAAUAAUAAUAAAAUAAUAGUAAUACUAAAAUAAAAAAAAUACCCCCAAACUCAAUACUUUUGAAUUGUAUGGUAGUAAAAAAAUUAUAAUAAUAAAAAAAGAAACAUUGUAGUGUAUGACAAAAACAUUAGUUAAUCCAAAUAUGAAAAUUCUGUCAUUAUUUUCUCACCCCCCAUUGUCUCAAACCUGUUUUGAUUGAUUUUCUUUCGUACAACACAAAAGGAGU